AUGGCGUUCCACACAAGUGUGGUAUUCGAUGCUUGUAAUUAUAAUACCUCAAAACGUCCGCCGUACAGACCGUCUGGAUGGCGGACGAUCUGGUAUUCUGGACUGGUUAGCACGCGGAUAGAGCCGUCUGAACGGCGUCGUGUUUGGGGGGUCUGUGAUACUUAUACACCCUCUAUUACAGAAUCUCUGUUGCAAGGAGGAGACGAGUUAGCGAAUCAUCUUAGUCGAAACAAUCCGUUUCACGACUACAAAGAAACAGAAGAAGAGGUACUCAUUACCGUGUUGAAGAAGCUGAAAGGAGUAUUUGACUCGACUCCUGCAAACACACGGCAUGAACGUGCUACCACGACAUUAGUGGAGAUCCGAGGCAUGCAAGACAAAAAUACGCGGCUACUAAGAGUCCUGCACCACGAAAAACUGUGCAUGUUACUGGCGUCACGUUUACUAUACCUCGGUACCCACUUUCGUCGUCGUCCCAAAUUUUCCGUGACGUGGCUGGCGAAAGGACUGGAUGUUUGCAUGGGCAUAUAUUUGAUGUGGAUAGAGCAACGUACGAUCACGUUGAGAAUGCUCGGGUCUCGCUCGGCGUUUCCAAGCUAUAAACAAGUGUCUGCCUUGAUUGAUAAGGCAGACGACGGCAACACAGACGCCCAGGCAGAGAUCGCCAAGCUGCGUAAGAUCAUGGAGGAGUCAGACUACGGGGAUGACGAUAGCGAACUUACCUUGUGGGCUGAAGUCCUCGACAGUGUCGACAAACACGCUCUCGACGCAUUCGACACAAUUAGGGACAGCAUCGGUCAGAUGACCCCCACCUACGUCAUGCGUUUGAGUUCGUAUCGCCAGGGAAUCAUCAAUUCUAUGCGAAAUAAGUGGUCCAUUAACGCAAACAAAGAUUACAGCAAGAACGAGAACGAAAUCCUACAACACCUCGACCGAGUCGUUGCUCGUGUUGCUCUCUUCCUGACGCCAAAGGAAGGCGAAACACACGCUCCUGAACCUCUCCUAGGAGGGUUUAUGAUGGACUACGCUUGGUCCACAUUUAACAAACUUAAGCUAGGGUUGGCUGAGAUAUGUCGUUGGUUUGAGGUAUUCCUCGACUAUUGGAGGAUAUUGCAUCCCAAGGGUCACGCCAUGGACGAUUGGUCGGUCGUGAUGCUGUCCAAUAUUGCGAAGGAUCCACGGUUCCCGUCUCAGAAUGACGUCGCUGGCAGAGAUAUUGUCGAUAACAUUUGGGCACACAGAGGAACGUUGGUGCUCCGGCUCAACAACCUCAUGAUGAAAGAGAAGAAAGCACUCACACCUCGACCUAAGGAUAAGAAGACGUUAGACGCUGCAUUUGAGAAACUCCCUGAGAACGAGCGCAUCGCUAGCGAGGCCCUUACGAAGAUAUUGCUAUCGCACCGGUCGAAGACUGGACCCAGGAGCCGUGAUUUUGCCCUUGAGCCUAAAUCCAUCGCUGGAAUGAUGGCUUUACACACUACGACCUGGGACUGGCUAAGCCCGACGAUCAAGAACACUCAAAGGGAUAUCGACCCUUGCAUGAAGGCGAUUGCCGUUGAGCGGACCUACCUAGUUCAAUAUCGAGCAAAACUCUUGAAAGAUAAGUACGUCGGCGCGCUUCGCAGGUUAUUCGAAUUAUCACUCGAACCUCGCAUGAAGAAACUUCAAACGCUCGACCCAGCAACCGGUAAGCUACGGUCUGGGAAGGUAUGGGUAUGGUGGGACAAUUUAAACCUCACCUCGGCUCAAGGCGAUCCGUCUGUCGUCUUAAAGGCCCUCGAGGACAAGACCAUCACAAGUCAUAAGCAAACCCAGGCUCGCCUCACACUCGAGCAAGCUGAUCGCGAGGAGAUCAACAAACUUAUCGGUUACUUUUGUAAUCUUCCAUGUGUUCGUGCAACGCGUGGAACAACCUCGCUCGUCUCAGCUGACGUCAUGGGGCCAUUUCGACAAGUCAUCCAGGGUAUUGAAAUUAAUACUGCCAGAAAGCGUUAUCGUACGCUCGAAGCAGACCCAGAAGCUGUGUUCGACCUCGCUGAAAGACCCUACAGUCUUGGUCUUGGCCUACCUGAUAGCUAUGCUGAUCCUCACACCAUAGGUUAUGGUUCUGAAUACAGCGACGAGGAUGACGCAGACAAGGACGAAAACCCUCAGGUUGCUAAGUCUGUCACUCAGAAAGGUAAAGGCAAAGGUAAAGGUAAAGACAAAGGCAAAGGCAAAGGCAAACAACGUGCCGUUCAAGUCGUCGUCGAAUCCGAGCCUUCAGCUCGCUCGACACCAUCGGUCACAUUCACUGGUCCAACCGUCAUCGAGGUCAUCGAUUCCAAUGUUCCUACGCCAGCUGAAAUGCCUGCUGCCUCCUCACCGUCUGUCUCUGCACAUACGCCAACAGUUGAGGCUCCUCUUCCUCCUGCCAGUACUAUGCCCGUCUCUACGCCUGUCGUUGCACCAUCAGUACCCUUGCGUCAAACCACUGCAACGGUCGUCCCAAAACCUCGCCCUGUUCCUCGCAAACAUGUCGAAAUUCCCGUGCAAUCGGUCGAUGAACAUAACGUCGAGGUGUCUCCGGGCGUUACGACUCCCACAACCUCUCGUCCUGCGCCUGUACCUGGAAACGUAUGCCCUCUUCCAUCGACCGACCCAGAUACAAAUACAACACCUCGACCAACAAACUCUGCACUCGUAGAGACUUGUGAACAAGAGGAUCCAGAUGGUGACAAGGAGAUGACAGACGCGGUGGACACCGUUCUAUCGGCGUCUGAUACGCUUGGUAAUUUACUUCAAAGUACACUCCCGUCAAUCACUCCGUCCCCGCAGGACAUCAUAGAUGGCUUCAGCGCCGAUGACAUCGGUUGGUUCAACCCCGACGACAACGACAACGAAGAAGACGACGACGACGACGAACCUAUAGAACAAUACGAACCAGAGUACGAACCGGACGACAUUCAAAGCGAGGAUCAUAGCGAGCCAGAUGAUCCCGAUGAUGCUUCGUAUAUGCCCACACAACCUUUGACUCAACAACUCCCACCUCGUCGCACUGAACGACGCGUCGCUUCGUCUUCAGCCAAGCGUUCCCGUGCUGCCACAGGUGCUUCGUCCUCAUCCUCGACCCAAGGCCGUGGCAGUAAACAGAAGAAGAAAUCCAAGGUGGCCGUCCAAGGAUCUUCUGAGGAUGAGGCUGACAAUACAAUUGUUCCAAUGUAA